AUGGAGGCGAAUCGCGACGGCGACGACGCGCGCGUGCGGGCGCGCGAGGAGAACGAACGCAUCGCGAACGAAGAGAGCGAGCGCGUUCUGGACGACGCCGCGCCGCUCCUGGGCGGUCCCGCGAGCGCGUCGAGGGCGAACGCGAUGGGUAAGAGGGAGUUCUUCGGUCAGCCCCUGGCGUUGGUGCCGCUGGGGGCGACGGAGGCGUGGGAGCGGUUCGGGUACUACGCCGCGCGGGCGCUGUUGGCGACGUACGCGCACGCGCGCUUGCGGGAUCCGAAUUUUGACGUCGAGCGCGUUUGGGGAGCGCGAACGUUGGCGAAAGCGUGUACGGGGUACGACUUCGGGGUUCACGUGGAUGCGAACGACGUCGGGGGUUUGCGGGUGCGAGACGCGGCGGCGACGAGCGCGAGCGCACGGUUGUACGGGACGUUUGCGGCGGCGAGUUAUCUCAUGCCGGUGUUCGGUGGCGUGAUCAGUGACGCGAUGCUAGGAGCGCACAGGAGCGCGGUGAUCGGUGCAACGGUUAUGGCGGUUGGGUACGCGGGGAUGGCGACGGAGUGGGCGUUUUUACUCGGCAUGUUAGCCGUGUGUGUGGGCAACGGAGCGUUCAAGCCUUCAAUGUCGACGCAGUUGAGCGCGCUGUACGACGCGAGCGAUCCUCGUAGGGACGCGGGAUUCAGUAUCUUUUACUUUUGCAUCAACGUGGGGGGGUUCUUCUCGCCCUUGAUCGCGGGAACGGUGCGGGUGUACUUCGGAUACGAAGCCGCGUUUGCGAGCGCGGCGGUAGGCAUGUGUUGCGCGCUCGUAAUUUACGCGUCGAAUCGAAAGCUAGUGAAAGAGGCAACGGUGAUCAAGGAUAGGGAGCGUAGCGUCGAUCGAAAUAACGAUGACGAGGAGUUUGGCGGUGCGACGCUCGACGAUGACGAGGCGUCUGACGAAGAAUCUCCCGACGGAUUUGGCGCCAAGCUCAGAGAGAUGUCGCGGGUGGCGCAAAGAAACCCGAGCGCCAUGCUCGCCGUCGGCGCCGUCUGCGCCGCGGGUGUCGGGUUCUCGGUAGUGUACGAGCAACAAGGGAGCACGAUGAUGCUCUUUUCCGACGAGCACGUCGAUCUGCACGGCUUACCGACCGAGUUUGUCGCUGCAUUGAACCCACUCUUCGUGCUCGUAUUCACGCCGGCGGUGACACGUCUGUGGGAUUGGCAGGCUCGACGAGACGCUGAGCCGCAUCAGAUGACGAAAUUCGCCAUCGGGUGCGCUCUUCUUGCGAUGUCGUUCGUGGUUCUCAUGUUUGGCGCCCUUCCGAUCGAUUCCCAUGCCUCACCAAUGCGAGUGAGCGUACUCUGGAUCGUCCUGACCCAGAUGCUUCUCACCCUUGGAGAGCUCUUCUCCUUGCCGGUUGCCCUCUCGUACGUGUCUAAAAUCGCCCCGCACGGCUUACUCAGCGCCCUCAUCGGUCUGUGGUUCGGUUCGUCCUUCUUCGGGAACUACUUCAGCGGCAUCUUGGGCUCCACCUACCCCGAGUUCUCCACUCCGAGCGCAUUCUUCGCCGCGCUCGCCGCAAUCGCCGGCGGCGUCGCCGUCGUCCUCCUCAUCGCCAGCGCUCGCCUCCGACGAACCGCCCCGGGGUGA